AUGGCGGAACCAGUCAUCUUUGGAGGAUCGCCCUUGGACCAAUAUCUGCAGAAUGCUGACCAGGCGGAAGGCCAACCCUUCUUGGACGAUCUCGACCGCAAUGGCGCACCAUCACAGUCUUCCAUGCCGGGGCUAGGGCUUCAUCUAACAUCCACCCCGCCUCGCAAUUCGUCGACAUCAAUAUCGAGGCGCGGUCACGACCUCGAGUCGCGAGAUUCUACACGGUCGCGAGAACCCACCUCCCGAGAAACGGCAACCACAGCUUCUUCUGGAUCCAGCCGUAAAGAGGCAGAUGAUCCUUCGAGGCGGGCACAGUCUAGUGUCAUUGCGGACAAAGAAGACCGACACAGCCUUCACUCACUCACGGCUCAGGAACCAGUCUCCAAUCCAACGCAAGAGCAAAUAUUAUCGUCUGACUUCGCACCACAGUUAGUGAGCGCCCUCCGCACGCUGAUUCGACGUGUUCUCCUUCCGCUGGUGGUCGCGAUCGCCCACCGUCUUUUCGGAUGGUGGCCAACCAAUGCAGCAACCGACCUAGCCAGAGAGGAUGCGUCUCGAUCGACACAGCGCACCCCCGCCACCGAGACGCUCAACGAUGACGACAGCAGCAGCAGCUUCGUGGAACGAUUCAAAUACGUCAUCUGCUCCUCUUUUCUGCUCACACCCACCCUCUCCAUCUCCUUUUACGGGUCAAGUCCUCCAGUGCAGAUGCCGCACACAAGUAACGACGGAGCCACUGGCGACAAGCGCACCUCGAGCCUUGUACGAGGACGUCGUGCGAGCCCAACCUCAAUCCGCAAGCAGUGCUGCGUGGAGCCGGUCAAUGCACCCGCUAGAGAUGGAGACAGCACCAUUGCUGACACUCACGGCCGCCUUCCUCGACUCGACGCGCGGGAACGAACGGCGCGCAAUGCCGCAUUGCUGUCAGCAGUCUUUCUCAUCCCACCCAUCAGCGCGUCCUGGCGGCUGUGGUUUUCGACAUUGCUUGUGGUUGUGUGUCUGACCUGGGGCUUUGUCGCGCUCCUCAACCACAGCUCAUUGGACGAAACGAUCGAGUUCACACUCUCGCGCCAGCCCGACAUCCAUGCAACGGCAUCGCCAGUCUCGCUACGUAAUUUCGCCAUGACCGACGACUGGAGCCAUUCAGAAAGAGAAGCUUUACAAACGGCGAUCCUUCGUGAUGUCUCAAAUCUCAUCAAAGCUGCGCAGGAUUUUGACGUCUCCGUCAACAAAGCUAUCAGUGCCAUCCAAGAGGUCGAGAUCGUGUCGCGCGGCUACAAGCUCACACAUCCGCUCCCUCCAAUCUCGAGGAUCGAAGCGGCAUCCGGUUGGUCCACUGUUGUCUCUCCAAAUGGGCAACGUCGAUCGAUGACAGCCGCGUCCGGGCAAGCCAACGGCAAGCUGGGUCGUUCGCUUUCGAGUGGAGGAAACGGCGCGCCAACCAUAAGAAGGCAUGCACAGCGCCCGCUGUCCCUGAGCCUGUCCAACGGACGCACGUCUCCGAUGGACCGUGCGUCCGGACGCGCAUCGCCAGGUGUCUUGUUUGAAGCUGGUGAAGUGGAUCACAUACAAAAGCUGCUCGCAGAACAGAGCACAGCGCCUUUCGCAGACGGCAGAGCGGUUCCACACAGAGCGCCACAGAGACUGAUCGACCUGCGCAAAACUCUGGUCGCGGCCCUCGAAGGAGUCGGCGUCACCUUCACCUCCUCGAAUGCCUCACUGCAAAUCCUUGCCGACGCGGAGGAGCUAGCUAUGCUCCAUGACCUGUACGCUCUCGAUGCAAGCCCACAAGACGACGUUGACGAUGCGGACGUGUCGCAUGCUUGGUCACAUGCUGACACGUCAGCCAUCUCCGAAAGCUCUCCCGACCUCGAGCAUGAUCGCAAGCCAUGGGUCGCGACCACACCCCGCAACUUUGGCAGCAAUGUCCGAGCAGCCGAGCUGGCGGGGUACACUGACCUGGCCUGGCGGUCGGAUCUCAGCCCGCAGGCGUCGCUCAAUCACAAGAGGCUCUCGCUCGUUUCGGAUGCAAGCUCUGUCCUCGAUCGGCAUCCUCGUGCACCAUCUUCCCUGUCCCGCCGCAGCAGUCUGGUCUCGGAAUCGGGCAAGCUGGCCAGCUACCGAUCACCAAGAUUCAACUACGUGUCUGAACAGGCUACGGGCGCAUCUGGCCCCAACGAAUCCGCCGCUGCAAAGCGUCUCAGCUACAUUUCCAACUCCAACUCAUCCUUUGCGUCCGGCUCAUUCGACACUCGGUCGCCCGUGAUGCGCAAUUCGUCUGUCGUGUCAUCUGCCUUCACACCGCCGCAGUCCUCUGCUCAGACUUACUCGUCGGCAACCAGUCCGCGAUCCAGAGCAACCAAGCGCAGUUCCAUUCUCGGGCCCAACUCGAUCUUUGCGCAGCUCGAUCCUCCCCUGACUGCUAUAAGCAGCACGAAGUCGGCCGAACCCUUGUCGCUGAUGAGCAUCAAGGCCAAGUUCGAGUGGAUGCACCGGGCGCGACGACGCUGGCUCUGCCACCUCCUGGCGUUGCAUCUCAAGAUGCGUGGUUGUGUCGAUUUAACCACGGGCGAAAACUUGCCUUGCGACGAGUAUUGGAUUGCGGCUCGCUCGACAAUCGAAUCGGCAAGUUCCGCGAUGCGAGCACAGAACAAGAUUGUGAAAGAGAUCGUGGAAAAGGAGAUGGGCCUUGACUUCUUGCGGACGUCUCGAGGCGAAGCGCCUGUUGUCCAGGGACGCCAGGAUGCGAGGCCCGAAUCCCAAGGCGAACGUCUUGCGGUUCCUGUUGUAGAUGCUAACAGCCACUCAGUGGUGGGUCACCCGGGCAUGGAAGAUCGGCUCCAUGCCAUGAUGCUCUCGCUGCGGUCCUUGCAGUCCAAGAUAAGAGUCUGCGCCGAGGACAUUCGGGUCAAGGCGCCCUCAGGUCUGCACGGCGUCGAGAACGGGCGAUCUGAACGAGUUGUUUCGCUAUCAGCGGAGGCUGGCGACGAUGCUGCCACUGCUCUGCAACUGGAAAGAACAAUCGAAUCGAUGCGUGAUGACCUUCUCGGCCUAUCCGCCGAGUGGGAAGCAACAGUGAAGCUCAUCCACAAGGAGAAACGCCGUUCACCGAGUCCACACCCGAGCACGGAUCUCGAGGCAGACGUCUCAAAGUCGAACGCUGCUCGCGAACUUGAGUCGCCGCUCGAGGCGGACGAGGACGCGACCAAUCCUUUGGGCGGAAAAGAUGGCGGAAGCAAGGCGUUCUCUGACGAAGUGCUGCCCCUGUCGCGCCGACAAGCUCAAGAAGGCGAUCGCAACGACACGAGCGACAACGAGGACGACAGCGACCUUGCAGUCCUGCUGCUGAACUCCACCUCGCCCAAUUCCCUUCCGCCACCGGGCCUGGAGCAGGUCUUCGAGAGUAUUGCAGGUAUGGCGGGGCUGUCUGGACUAGGAACGGGUGGAACGAAGCUGAGCCGCGCCGAACGGAUCGAGCAGACUCGGCUGCAAAGACAGCAGGAGCAGGAAAGUCGGGCACUGGCGAAGGCUUCGCAGCGACACUCGAUGGAUCCGUCUGGCAUGAUGUCGGAGCUCAACGAUGUCAUCUCUACACGCAAAGCCGUCCGAGAUCAGCGUCAUCAGUCCGCUCUCCCGCUUUCCGCAGCAAUGACCAAUGGCCCCUCCGCCUCCUCUGCACAGAAAGCAUCUGCACCACUCUUUGAAGCACAGCCGGCUCUGGCAUUGGGCUCUCCGCUCGAUCUGGGCUCAGCAGGCCGCGAAGGGGUGUUUGGAGCGUCUCACAGCUUUGUCGAUGACCAUGCCAUGCCGCGAAGGUCUCUCUCGUCGCUCGAUCUGGCGCGUGCACGAGCAUUGCAGGCGCUAGAAGCUCGAAGCCCCUCCGUAGCGUCAUCUGCGUCCGUUUCUUUUGACAGCGGCGACGAGAGCCAAUCGAGACGCUCCGAGGACUUCUCAUUUGAGCCCACCGCGCUCGAGUCGGUGCCCGAAAACGACGCGGCGACAGAGGCGCUGUUGACAACCAUUCCCAACCCCAGCGAGUCACCUUUGGCUGCGUGGGACUCGGGCUCACGAAAGUCGACGCCGAAAGCGUCGCAGGUACCACUGUCCACUUCGGAUGCUACGCCGGUUCCCGAUAGCCCGUUCGACUUGGGAGCGCAGGUGGCAGCGUACGCUCGACGAAAGAAGGCAGCCAGGGCGCAGGCUGCGGCCAUGCAGGCAUCGGGGUCCGAGUCGAGCAUGUCGUCGUCGCUUGUCUCAAGCAAUCACGAAUCGUAG